CAUAAACUUUAUCAGCCAUAAAAUAUAACGUUACAUUUUCGCAAUCCGGAAAAUGUCUUCGCGGCCGUCGAUAGGUUUCAGAUUAAAAAGUGGAUUGAUUUUGACUCUUCUGUUAUGUCACACCGGUUUUACACACAGCAUAAGGAACCUCCGACGGACGAAAGAAGAGAGAGGACGAGAUAGCCUGCCUCUCGCAAGAUUAGAUAUAAAACAUAAAUUUUAUCACCCAGAAGUUGAUGAAGAGAGGGCGCAAAUGUUAUCUAGCAUUGAGGAUAACGUUGAAAACCAGGACUAUGUUAACUAUGACGCGGCUCUGGAAAAUGGCUAUAAUAAAAUUCAAAAGCUGAGCCUGAUUCUACCAACAGGUAUGCGAGAUAGUGGAGACACGGAGCUUGGGAAAACUGCAGCCACCACGGCACAUCCUACAUGUACCACUGAGAAGAACAUUGACAUUGGUACCUAUCUACCGGACAGCAAUGAAGGAUUUUCCAACAGUGCGGAUGCAGAUGACGAAAAGAAAUCGGCUAAGGGAGUAGUCUUAGACCUAUCAGUUGAAAAAGAUAAAACAUCGCCUGAUAAGGGCGUUGUUUUAGAUGUAUCAGUAGAAGAUGAAAAUAAAUACGAUGAACAACAGGCUACGAAUUUAAAUAGUGAUCUAAAGAGCGAAGGAAAAGCAACGCAAAAAGACGAUUCACCAAAAGGUGUGGUUUUAGAACUGUCAGUGGAAGAGGAAAAGUCACAUCCAAGUACAGGUUCACCAAACGGGGGAAUAGUUCUAGAAUUAUCAGUGGAAGACGAAAAAGCACCGGAAAAAGACGAUAAAGGGGUAGUUUUAGAACUAUCAGUCGAAGAAGAAAACGCAGCAAAGAAAGACGAUAAAGGAGUACGUUUAGAUCUAUCAGUGGAAGAUGAAAAAGCAACGAAAAAUGAUGAUAAAGGAGUUGUUUUAGAUCUAUCGGUAGAAGACGACAAAGCAACGCAAAAUGACGGUAAAGGGGUACUUCUGGAACUAUCGGUGGAGGACGAAAAGGCAAAGAAAGAUGACGACACAGGAGUCCACUUAGAUCUUUCAGUCGAAGACGAAAAAGAAAGGGAAGAUGACGCAACAGGAGUCCGUUUAGAUCUCUCAGUGGAAGACGAAAAAGAAACAACUGACGCUACAGGAAUUCGUUUAGAUCUCUCAGUGGAAGACAAAAAAGAAACAACUGACGCUACAGGAGUUCGUUUAGAUCUCUCAGUGGAAGACGAAAAAGAAACAACUGACGCUACAGGAAUUCGUUUAGAUCUCUCAGUGGAAGACAAAAAAGAAACAACUGACGCUACAGGAGUCCGUUUAGAUCUUUCAGUCGAAGACGAACAAGAAACGGAAAAAGAUGAUAAAGGUGUACUUCUAGAAGUAUCAGUAGAAGACGAAAAAGCAACGGAAACUGAAGAUAAAGGAGUUGUUUUAGACUUAUCUGUAGAAGAGGAUGCGACGGAAAAAGAUGACAAAGAAGUAGUUUUAGAUCUAUCAGUGGAGGAAGAACAUAAAGGAAAAAGGGAAAGGAAAAAGAAGGAAAGUAAAGCUUCAACAAAGGGAGUAGUCUUAGACCUAUCGGUGGAAGAGGAAGACGGAAAUAAUGCGUCAAGUGAAGUAGUUUUAGACUUAUCAGUGGAAGAAGAACAUAAAGGUAGGACGGAAAAAAAGAAGACAGGUAAGGCUCCAGGAAAGGGAGUAGUUUUAGACCUUUCAGUAGAAGAAGAGCGUAAAGGUAGGACGGAAAGAAAGAAAAAAAGUAAAGCUUCAGAGAAAGUCGUUUUGGAUCUAUCAGUGGAAGAUGAAAAUGCUAGUGAUGCAUCACCAAAUGACGUAGUUUUAGACCUAUCAGUCGAAGAAAAACGUAAAGGCAGGACGGAAAAAAAGAAGAAGACAGGUAAGGCUUCAGGACAGGGAGUACUUUUAGAACUAUCAGUAGAAGAAGAACAUAAAGGUAGAACGGAAAAAAAGAAGAAGAAAGGUAAGGCUUCAGAGGAAGUUGUUUUAGAUCUAUCAGUGGAAGAUGAAAAUGCUAGUGAUGCAUCACCAAAUGACGUAGUUUUAAACCUAUCAGUCGAAGAAAAGCGUAAAGGCAGGACGGAAAAAAAGAAGACAGGUAAGGCUUCAGGAAAGGGAGUAGUUUUAGAACUAUCAGUAGAAGAAGAACAUAAAGGAAGAACAGAAAAAAAGAAGAAGAAAAGUAAAGCUUCAGAGGAAGUUAUUUUAGAUCUAUCAGUGGAUGAUAAAAAUGCUGGUAAUGCAUCACCAAAUGACGUAGUUUUGGAUCUAUCAGUGGAAGAAGAACGAAAGGACAGGAAGGAAAAAAAGAAGAAAAGUUUAUCAAAGGAUGUGGUUUUAGACAUGUCAGUGGAAGAAGAUGCAGCGAAAAAUAAAGACUCAUCGAAGGAAGUAGUUUUAGACCUAUCAGUGGAAGAUGACACUAAAACAAUUAACGAAAAGAAGAAGAGAAGUAAAGUUUUAGUAAAGAAAGACGUAGUUUUAGACCUUUCAGUGGAAGAAGAACGUAAGGAAAGGAAGGAAAAAAAUAAGAAAAGUGAGGGGAAGGGAGUAGUUUUAGACGUUUCAGUGGAAGAAGAAGAUGCAACGCCAAAUAAGGACUCAUCGAAGGAAGUAGUUUUAAACCUAUCAGUUGAAGAUGAUAGUAAAGAGAGGAAGGAAAAGAAGAAGAAAAGUAAAGCUUCAGCAAAGGGAGACGUAGUUUUAGACCUCUCAGUGGAAGAAGAACGUAAGGAAAGGAAGGAAAAAAAUAAGAAAAGUGAGGCGAAGGGAGUAGUUUUGGACGUAUCGGUGGAAGAUGAAAACACAAAGUCAAGUCAAGUAUCACCAAAAGGUGUAGUUUUAGAACUAUCAGUGGAAGAAGAACAUAAGGGCAGGAAGGAAAAAAAGAAGAAAAGUGGGGGGAAGGGAGUAGUUCUAGACGUUUCAGUGGAAGAUGAAUACACAAAGUCGAGCCAAGAAUCACCAAAGGGUGUAGUUUUAGACUUAUCAGUUGAAGAAGAACAUAAAGGGAAAAAGAAGAAGAAAAAUAAUGAUUCAAAGGGAGUAAUUUUAGAUUUAUCAGUGGAAGAUAAAAAGACAAACAAAAAUAAAGCUCUAAAAAAGAAAAACGUAGUUUUAGAUCUAUCAGUAGAAGAGGGAAAAGUAACGCCAAGUACAACGUCACCUAAGGGACAUGUUAUUUUGGAUCUAUCAGUAGAAGAUAAAAAAAGAAAAACAACUACAGCUUUGCCAAAGGGACAUGUACUUUUAUCUCUAUCGGUGGAAGACGAUAAAGUUACCACGACUACAGCUUCGCCUACAGGACAUGAUAUAGUUUUGGCUCUAUCAGUGGAAGAGGAAAAAAUAACUACAAGUACAGGUUCGCCGAAAGGGCAUGUAAUUUUGGAUCUGUCAGUGGAAGAGGAAAAAGUAAAGAAAAGUACAACAUCACCAAACGGAAAAGUAGUUUUGGACCUGUCAGUGGAAGAUGAUAAGAACGCCGGUGGUAUUUGUUUGGGAGGAAUUAAACAAAAAGAUGGAACGUGUUUCAACAACAAAAAUGAAGUAGAUGAUGGAAAUAAGAAUUCUGAUGAAGAUGUAGUACCCCAAGUGAGUGUAUACGAAGCACCAGCGCCAAGAAAAGAGCCAAGCCACUUCAUAGACGAUUCUUAAUUAUUAUGAUUAAAGUAUGUUUAAUAUUGC